UCCGUGGAAUCCGAUGGUCUUGCAUACAAAAAUGGAACCGUGGUAGAUGCUGUAAAUACUAAAACAGUAUCGUGAGACGUCCGCCUAUCCUAGUAAAACUCUGCUCACCGGCACCAGAUUAGCGCAGUCGCGCUUCAGCGAGCUCGUCCUGAGGCCGCACAGCCGUCGCCGUUCCGGCACAGGCCGCCGACCUGACCUCCUCCACCACCUCCAACCUCCCUGCCUCGCGCGUGCUCCCUCGCACUAACAUAUCACCAGCGAGCUACUUGGACAAUGUCCUCCACCCCGUCGCGCCCAAGGUGUUCGGCUCAAUGACGCGCCGGGCAGCGGCCUCACUUAACAAGUCGCUCAGUGAGUUCCUCGCGCACGAAGAUCCGGAGAAGCUCCUGUCGCUCUUCGCAGCCAAGGUCAGGGAGUGCAGGGGCCUUGGCUCUGUUGAUUUCGCGUGCGCCUUGCGUGAGUGCAGGGGCAGCGGCAAGCACUGGCCGCUCGUUCCGGUGAUCCAUGCCAAGGCGAUCACAUGUGGGCUCGGGGGAGACCGGAUCGCUGGCAACCUGCUGAUUGAUUUGUACGCGAAGAAAGGGCUUGUGCAGCGGGCGAGGCGUGUGUUUGAGCAGCUAUCUGCCAGGGACAAUGUUUCUUGGGUUGCAAUGUUGUCAGGGUAUGCACAGAAUGGUCUUGGAGAAGAUGCUGUUGGGCUAUACCACCACAUGCAUCGCUCCGGGGUUGUUCCUACGCCUUACGUUCUGUCUAGUGUACUCAGUGCUUGCACUAAAGCUGCGCUUUUUGAGCAAGGGCGGCUGGUUCAUGUCCAAGUUUACAAGCAAGGGUUGUGCUCUGAAACUGUUGUGGGGAAUGCGCUUAUUGCGCUGUACUUGCGGUUAGGAUCUUUUAGCCUGGCGGAAAGAGUAUUUUCUGAGAUGCGGUACUGUGAUAGAGUAACGUUCAAUACACUGAUCUCGCGACAUGCUCAGUGUGGAAACGGUGAGAGUGCUUUGGAGAUAUUUGAGGAGAUGUGCUUGUCAGGCUGGACACCUGAUUGUGUAACCAUUGCUAGUCUCCUUUCAGCUUGUGCCUCUAUUGGGGAUCUGAAUAAGGGCAAGCAGCUCCAUUCUUAUCUGCUAAAAGCAGGCAUGUCUCCGGAUUACAUAAUUGAAGGUUCGAUUCUUGAUCUCUAUGUGAGAUGUGGUGAUAUCGUGGAAGCCCUCGAGAUCUUCAAAUCGGGUGAUAGGACAAAUGUAGUGCUAUGGAAUUUGAUGCUUGUUGCAUAUGGGCAGAUUAGUGAUCUAGCAAAAUCUGUUGACCUCUUUUGUCAAAUGGUAGCUGCAGGGGUACGCCCUAACCAAUUCACGUACCCAUGCUUGUUAAGGACUUGCACUUAUGCUGGAGAAAUUAACCUUGGAGAGCAGAUUCAUUCACUAAGCAUAAAGACUGGCUUUGAGUCUGAUAUGUAUGUCAGUGGUGUACUGAUAGAUAUGUAUUCUAAAUACGGGUGGCUUCAUAAAGCUCGAAGAAUUCUUGAAAUACUUGAAGCAAAAGAUGUGGUCUCCUGGACAUCGAUGAUUGCUGGAUACGUGCAACAUGACUUUUGCAAAGAGGCCCUUGAAACAUUCAAAGAUAUGCAGCUAUUUGGAAUUUGGCCUGAUAACAUAGGGCUGGCAAGUGCUAUAAGUGCUUGUGCUGGAAUCAAAGCAAUGCGUCAAGGUCUGCAGAUUCAUUCUCGGGUUUACGUGUCUGGUUAUUCAGGAGAUGUUUCCAUUUGGAAUGCGUUGGUAAACCUUUAUGCACGAUGUGGAAGAAGCAAAGAAGCUUUCUCUUUAUUUGAGGCAAUUGAAUAUAAAGACAAGAUAACAUGGAAUGGACUGGUAUCUGGUUUUGCACAAAGUGGUCUAUAUGAAGAGGCCCUUGAGGUAUUUAUUAAGAUGUAUCAAGCAGGUAUCAAGUAUAACGUGUUCACCUUUGUAUCCUCUAUUAGUGCAUCAGCUAACCUUGCAGAUAUAAAACAAGGAAAGCAAAUACAUGCUACAGUUAUUAAAACAGGUUGCACCUCUGAAACUGAAGUUGCCAAUGCGUUGAUUUCACUGUAUGGGAAAUGUGGCAGCAUUGAAGAUGCCAAGAUGCAGUUCUUUGGAAUGUCCGAAAGGAACGAUGUGUCAUGGAAUACUAUUAUUACAAGUUGCUCACAACAUGGAUGUGGCCUAGAGGCCUUGGAUCUAUUUGAUCAAAUGAAGCAAGAAGGUCUAAAACCAAAUGAUGUGACCUUCAUAGGCGUUUUAGCUGCUUGCAGUCAUGUGGGUCUGGUAGAGGAGGGUCUUGGUUACUUUGAAUCCAUGUCUAGUGAGCAUGGAAUCCAUCCAAGGCCUGAUCAUUAUGCUUGUGUUGUAGACAUUCUUGGACGAGCUGGGCAACUUGACCGUGCAAGGAAAUUUGUUGAGGAAAUGCCUGUAUCUGCUAAUGCAAUGGUUUGGAGAACCCUUCUCAGUGCUUGUAGAGUGCACAAAAACAUCGAAAUUGGAGUGCUUGCAGCCAAGUAUCUACUGGAGUUAGAGCCUCAUGAUUCAGCAUCAUAUGUCCUCCUUUCAAAUGCAUAUGCUGUUACUGGGAAAUGGGCUUACAGGGAUCACGUCAGAAAGAUGAUGAAAGACAGAGGAGUCAGAAAAGAGCCCGGCCGUAGCUGGAUUGAAGUAAAGAACGUGGUUCAUGCUUUCUUUGUUGGUGAUCGGUUGCACCCAUUGGCUCAUCAGAUUUACAAAUAUUUGGCUGACCUAGAUGACAGGUUAGCCAAAAUAGGGUACAGACAAGGGAACUAUUUUCUUUUCCAAGAAAAAGAGAAAGAACAAAAGGACCCCACUGCUUUUGUCCAUAGCGAGAAGUUAGCUGUGGCCUUUGGAUUGAUGAGUUUGCCUCCUUCUAUGCCCCUUAGAGUCAUUAAGAAUCUCCGUGUCUGCAACGAUUGCCACACUUGGAUGAAGUUUACCUCCGAAGUCAUGGGAAGAGAAAUUGUAUUGCGAGAUGUGUACAGAUUUCACCAUUUUAACAAUGGCAAUUGUUCAUGUGGAGACUUCUGGUGAAAUGUGUUGAAGUUAAGUUCUUGAAGUGCUCCUCCUGAAAUCCCCUAGGUUUCUCCAUUUGUGAUCAUCAAGGUGUUACUUCAAUGUAUUCAUGUGUGGGAUACACCUCUUUGUUGGCCUGUCAUGCAGAUAUCUAAAUUUGGAAGCCGGCACGAUCAAUACCACAAAACAGGGAUCUAUAACCUUUUUUUUCCGGAAAAAGGUCCACUUUUCAACCCUGAACUGUUGCAGAAGUUCACCCUGAACUCUAAACUUCAAGGUCCCACUUGGUUUGUGCGGGAAGCAACAGUACAAGUCCCAUCUCGCCGUUGAUUUCCCAGGGCAAUAUGGACCAUUUUCCUUGCCCACAUGAAUAGAGACCAUUUCGACGAAAGUUCGAGUUUGCCAGGGGUACAAAUGAAAUGAAAAUGAAUUGAUAAAACAUUCCUACAAAAAAAAUUCUGCCACUUAUACUUUAUGUUAUGAUAUUCUAAUCAGAUUGGAUGGCAAAGAUUUCUCAUUUUAUCUCCUUUCUAUGAAUGUAAUAAAGCCGUAAUAUAAUAUACUAGAAAGUUUGACUUUACUUCGAUUUAGAAUAGCGUGCUUUGCUUACUUUAAUUUCUCAAAAUAAUUUGAGGGUUCUUUUUUUAUUUCGGAUCGGAGUAGUAUAAUUGCUAGAAAAUUCAGUAUUUCAUUGUGGAAUUCUAAAAUAAAGUAAGUCCCUUUUU